AUGAAUCAAAACCAGCUUCAGCCCCUGCCUCUGCUUAGUAGCUUCCUAGGUUCAUCUCCCCAAGAAGCUUUGCUACAAAACCAAAACCCUAAAGCAUACCAUGGUCAAGUUGAGGACGUCACUGUGGCCUUACACAUAGGCCUCCCCAACAAUUCAAGUGGCUCCACCAAUAAUCAUGGAUUUGUGAAUGCCACUACUCAAGUUCCUAGCAACUACUGGAUACCAACUCAAGAACAGAUCCUCAUUGGGUUUAGCCAUUUCUCUUGUCCUGUCUGCCUCAAAACCUUCAACCGCUACAACAAUCUUCAGAUGCAUAUGUGGGGGCACGGGUCACAGUAUCGCAGAGGCCCAGACUCGCUGAAGCGAACUCAUCCACGACCGUUGUUGGACAUUCCCUGCUACUGUUGCUCCAGAGGAUGCAAGAACAACAUCGAUCACCCACGUGCGAAGCCUCUCAAGGACUUCCGCACCCUUCAGACGCACUUCAAGAGGAAGCACGGCGCCAAGCCCUUCACGUGCCGCAAGUGCGCCAAGCCUUUGGCCGUCAAAGGUGACUGGCGAACCCAUGAGAAAAACUGCGGCAAACGCUGGCUCUGCAUUUGUGGCUCCGACUUCAAACAUAAGAGGUCCCUCAAAGACCACAUCAAAGCCUUUGGCUUUGGUCACACCCCUUUCUCUUCUUCCUCUGAUGCCAUGUAA